CCCACACAGCUGAGGUCACCCGGCCCAGCCUCUUUUGCAACUUUCCCAAGUCUGUGCAUGAGCGGGAGAGGAGGAAAACUCAGAAGGAACUGGCUUGAUCUCAACAAACUCUUUUUUGCUCCCAAAGCCUUUUUCCUCUGACCCGGCUGAGACUGUUGAUCUAAGUGGAGACCUCUCAGAUUCAGCGAGAACGCCCACCUGUCCUCAGAGGCCGGAUGCUAAGCAGCCACAGCUGCUCUGAAGCCCCUCCAUGAAUCCCCGGAAGAAGGUGGAUUUGAAGCUCAUCAUCGUCGGAGCCCUAGGUGUAGGAAAGACCUCCCUCCUCCACCAAUAUGUGCACAAGACCUUUUUUGAGGAUUAUCAGACCACGCUAGGGGCCAGUAUCCUCUCCAAGAUUAUCAUACUGAAUGACACAACUUUGAAGCUACAGAUCUGGGACACAGGUGGCCAGGAGCGAUUCCGCUCCAUGGUGUCCACAUUCUACAAAGGCUCCGACGGCUGCAUCCUGGCUUUUGAUGUCACUGACCUGGAGUCCUUUGAAGCUCUGAAUACCUGGCGGGGUGAUGUUUUGGCCAAAAUCAUUCCAACGGAGCAGUCCUACCCCAUGGUGGCGCUGGGGAACAAGAUCGAUCUGGAAGACCGGCAGGUGCCACAGAAGGUAGCCCAGGACUGGUGUAAAGAGAAGAAUAUUCCCUACUUUGAAGUCAGUGCCAAGAAUGAUAUCAACGUGGUACAAGCCUUCGAGAUGCUGGCCAGCCGAGCUCUGUCCAGGUAUCGGAACACAGAGAACUACCUCACAGACUCCAUCAAGCUCUCGCCAGAGGACCAGACCAGGAGAAGAUGCUGCUGACCUCCCAGCCUCCCUCUCUGGACACCAGAGACUCGGCGCGCCCUGGGCCUGGUCAUCCCGGCCUCCAACAGCUGCAUCGCCCGCCCAGGCUCGUCCCAGGUGCUGUGGCUGAGCCCUGGGCCCCUUGUGUCUGUGCUGGACCCAGAAUCAGAGGGCGACCCCUCCCUUGGGCUGAGCUGAGAGAAGUGAGCACAGGGCUGGGUCCUGGGAAUCCUGAUGAGACUCAAUGUCACUGUGAAAUCCUGGCCUGGAGGCGUCACCAUUUCCUCACUGGCUCAGCUUUCCUGCCCCCUCCCCCCACCCCCCCAACACGCUCCUGCUCCAGAGGCUCAUCUCUGCAGACAGACGGGCCGCUGUCCGGGAGCCCUGUGCACUCCCAGCCAGCGCCACCCACAAGGCCACUGCUCAGCUCAGGACAAGGGGGCAACUCAGCCUCCCUCGGUAACCAGGGCCAGGAAGUGAUGGUCUGGGACCUCACAUAGGGGCCUGCCUCAUCCCGCCGCACAGCUGUCCAGUCCCGGGACACCCUCUGUCCCCUCCAGAGUAUAGGACUGAGGAGCCCAGGAAAAGCCACCAGGGACGGGCUCAUUCCCCCUUGUUGGGUGCUCUCUGAGCCUCAGCCUAUUCAUCUGUCAAAUGGGGGUGGCAUACGCCCCACCCACCUCAGAGUGUGGUUUUGAGGACCAGAGCUCUGCCUACAACGCAGUUACUCUUGUUGACAUGCAUUUAUUUAUUCCUCCAACAAGUCGUUUUGACUCUCUACUACCUGUGAUGCACUGAGAUCCACUGACACGCGAAACAGACAAGGAGCCCAUAGGGAGAGGGGCAAUAGACAGAGAAUUUACAGAGAAGUGGUCCAGGAGGGUUCCCUGAGGAGGUAAAAUUUGGCGUGAGGGCUAGAGAAUGAGAAAGGGGCUGCCCCCUGAGAUCUGGACGGAGAACAUUCCAGAGAGAGAGAGCAGCAAGGGCCACGGCCCAAGGUGAGGAUGAGCUUGCUGUGUACUAGCAACAGUGAAAGGACAUUCAUUCACCUGAGCACUCACAGCUGCUGUCCCUGGGCCCGUGAAGGGAGCCCCGCCUCCUGGGUGGUUCCUUGAGCCUCUGCUGACUGGCCACCAGAGGGCAGCAGUGCUCUCUCGUUCAGGCUGAGCGGAAAGGGGACGCUCCAAGGACGCUCUGGGUAGGUCAGCGCUUCAAGAUUCCUGGGGCCGGAGAAUCCCAGUUCCUUACGCUUAGUAAGAAGUGGGCAAAACUGCAACAUCGGUGAUUCAAGCAAGAAACCCACAUCAGUGACCAGUGCUAGAAUGAGGGGCCCCCAGAGCUCAUGGAUUCUCUGUCCCUACAGAGUCUAAGGCCAUAGUCUUUCCUCUGGCUGCAGAGAGUAGACAGGGCUCACUCCAAGGGGGUGGCCAGGACGACCUCAUGGCCACAGAAGUCUCCUGUCUACACAGAGGUAUCCUUCCUGGGCCGCAAGCAGAGCUGGCGACCUUAGUCUAUGACUUCUGAGUGUCCCCUGACCCUGAAGAGGCAGGGGGUGGGGGCGGUCAGGGAGGGAGUCAGGAGCCCCUUCUCCCCUCCCCAGCUGUGGAGUGAAAACUGGCUUGUUCUGGGCAGUAGCAUGGACCCGGCACGGGGGCCAGUGGCCUGGAGCCCAGCUGUGUCCGAGUCUUUCCCGGGCUGGCAUUCUGCACCCUGCUCGGCUCUC